UAAUACGAACUAAUCAAAUGGGCAUAAAUCAAGUUUUAAAUUUAGUCUGCCGAAGCAAAACCAAAGAGGAAAAAACGCCUCUUCUCAAUGUAAAUAAUUUCCCAGGAAAGGAUCCUGCAGUGGAGAUUAAUGGCUUUAAGAGUGUCGGACCUGAAUGAUUAGUGCCCAAAAAAGAAGAGUCCUUGUUUGCAUUUUGAAAGAGCAAGAUUUAAGGGAAAAAAAAGAAACCGAUCUACUGAUACAUGCCUGCUAUAUUACCUCUCAUUUUUCGGCACAGCAAAGGAUCGAAAAACAGCCGCUUUGUUUGGUUCGGAAUUAAUUAGGGUAUGUAUGUAUGGCUUUAGGUGCAUUGGGCGAUGACGAAGCCAGAGACAAGAAGCGUCCUUGGGAGGAUGGCGACAAGCUCUAUUCCCGAAAAACCCCUAAGAAGCCCAAGAAUUCCCACAAUGUCCCCAAAACCAAACCCAAAACCCAAACCCUAACCCUAACCGAAGAUAACAACUACUCCACUUCCCCGCCUCGUGAUGCUUCCGACGACGACUCGUCCAGCCACGUUGGGAAUGUCUUCCGCCAGAUUUCCUUAAAUUCGAUAAGGAAGAGUGAGGUUAGAGAGCUUAAGAGGAAGCUAGCCACUGAGCUAGACCAAGUUAGAGGCUUUAUCAAGAAGCUUCAAGCUAAGGAGCAGGAGCAGGAGAAGGAGAAGCCCAAUCAUGAUCAGCGAAGGACCGUUCCUAACGCACCGAAUCCCAAUAAUGUAAAGAAGAAGAUGAAGAAGGUGAAAUCCAAUGGGGGAAGUGUUGUUGAAUUGGAUUGGCAUUCGAGUCCUGUGUUUAAGACCUGUAGUGAUUUGCUAACGAAAUUGAUGAAGCAUAAGUUUGGUUGGGUGUUUAACAAGCCAGUGGAUGUGAAGGGUUUGGGGCUUCAUGAUUACCAUACUAUUGUAAAGCAUCCAAUGGAUUUGGGAACAGUGAAGACUAGGCUUGAUAAGAAUUGGUAUAAAUCUUAAGCCCCAAGCAACUCCAAAUUCAGAAAUUCUUUAAGUGCAGAAGUAUUCAAGUUCCCCACCACAGUGCUCACCAAGGCAGAAAGAAGUAAGUCCGCCAUAUGAUCUCUCUUUCACUCACUCUAGUAAUAAAUUGCUAUAGGAAUACAGGAUAGUUGAAGAGAAGUGAAUUGCCAGAAGGGAAAUGCUUUAUCAGCUAGUAUUUUGCUUCAGGGCCUUUAAUUUACCUGUAAGUCUUUUUACUUUUGGUUCCAAGGGCGUGGACUUGAGUUGACUAUAGCAUAUUCUCUUUUGGAUGAUAUAUUCCUAGUGGGAUUUUAAUUCAUUUUUACAUCUUGGCCCAUCUUUCUUUCCUUGUCACUUUAGCAAGCUUUUUCACAUCUGGCUCCACACGGCUUUGACGAAACUAUCCAUUAGUGGAUUCCAGAUCUACUCCAGUUGAUUAGUGAUGGCCCACGAGGGUUUUACUUCGUUUUAGAUUACUAUUACUUUCAGAAACUAUUGGUGAAUUUGGUGCCAUAAUUUUUUAUGGGUCGACUGUAGUUGGUAACUAUGAUUUUUACAUGAACGGAUCAUUUUCUUUUUCAA